CAUUAAUUCAUUAAUUUUGUUCAUAAAUAACAAUUUCAAAAACAUUAAAUCAUCAUCAGUAUAUAUCCCAUUAGAAUUCUUUUCCAAUACAAAUAUAUUAUUUUUAAUAUAUAUACAUAUAAUUAGCCAGCUCAUAAUUCCAACAAGGAAGGUUCCGCUGAAGACACACCCUUAUCCCAUAAAACCCCACCCUUCACACCCAAUAACACACCACAAAAACAAAUCACUCUCAUACCAAAGCUACUACCAGAAAGCUAGCUCAUCACUCAUGGCUUUCACACCUCUCUCUAUCCUCCUCCUGACUCUCAUCACCAUCUUUUCCCACCAAAUUUCAGCCCAAGCCCCGGGCCCCGCCCCGGCCGGCCCCCUAAACUUCACCGCAAUCCUCGAAAAAGGUGGCCAAUACACCACCUUCCUCCGCCUUCUCUCCGACAGCCAAGUAUUAAGCCAAAUCGUAAACCAACUCAACACCUCUUCCGAAGGACUAACCGUCUUAGCCCCAACCGACAAUGCCUUCAACAACCUCAAGGCCGGAACCCUAAACGGCCUCUCCCGUGAGGACCAAGUUAACUUAAUCCUCUUCCACGUUCUCCCCAAGUACUACGCCCUAUCAGAACUCCUCACCGUAUCCAACCCCGUCAGAACUCAGUUCUCUGCUGAUGGCCUUAACUUCACCGGUCAAGGCCGCCAAGUCAACGUCACUAGUGGAAUGGUGGAGACUCAGGUCAACAAUGCUCUGAGGAUGCAAUCCCCAUUGGCUGUUUACCAGAUCGACGAUGUUUUGUUGCCACCAAGUCUUUUUGGAGCUAAGCCACCGGCCUCUGCUCCUCCUCCGGCCAAGACUCCGGCAUCCAAGGACGACGGAGAUAAGACCAAGCCUAAGGCAUCCGGACCAUCGUCCGAUGAUAGUACUGGGGAUUCGAGUAAUACACGUGUAGGGUUGGGAUUGUUUGUUGGGAUGGGUAUUGCUUGCAUGGCUGUUCUUUUUUGAAGAGAUAAUCGAUCGAUGAUGAUCAGUUUAUUAACUUGAGAAAAAGAUAAGAAGAUAUCACACACUUCUUUUGUAUCGCACCUUCGCGUGAAAUUUGGCAUAUAUUUGUAUCUAAAUUCAUUGUCGUUUUGUAUUCUUUUAUAUUUUUUUUUCCUUCUUAAUUUGAAUCUGAUUGUGAAUUCUUCUU